AAGUGAAUCUAUUCCAAAUUGGAAAAGAGAAUCUAUUCCAAAUUGGACAGAGUGCUUGGCAAUGUAGAAUGGAUGGUAACAUUUGAUUUUAAGGUGUGUUUUAAAGAAAGGGGUAUCUCUGAUCACUCCCCCAUGAUUCUUCAAAGAGUAGGGCAUCAAACAGCAUAGAUUCUGUGACAUGUGGACACUAGCUCCUGAGUUCUCUAAGAUUGUGGAAGAAGUGUGGAUGCAAGAACAUACAGGUUUCCCGAUGUACCAAAUCAUCCAAAAACUCAAACAACUCAAGCAUCCUCUGAAAAGGCUGAACAAGAGGAACUUCCGAUCCCUAGAUACUCAGAUGGAUCAGAUUAGAAUUAAGCUGCAGAAUGUCCAGAAGGAAAUGAAAUACAAUUCUUCUGAUGGCAGAUUACUAGCUUCUAAAAAGGAAUUAACCAAGGAACUACAUCAGACCCUUAAAGCAAGCUAUCUCAUGAAAUGCCAACAAUCCAAAGCUGACUGGAUCACUUAUGGGGAUCAGGAUACCAAAUUGUUCUAUGCAUGGGUGAAGAAAAAGAAAGCACAGACCCACUUAACCUCCCUACGGAAUACAGAGGGGGUAUAUGUGGAGGGGAGACUAGAGGUGGCAAAAGUCCUAGUUGAUUAUUUUCAAAAACAACUGGGGGUAGCAAUGGAGACUGAUGACAUUGAUGCUGAUAUUAUUGUAAGUAGCCAUUCUUUAUUAUCCAAUCUGCACAUUUUUUUCUCUUCUUGGGGACCCUAUUCAAACGCAAAUCAUCAUCCCAGCAGAUUCUUAUGUCCGGAGUCAUACUACUCUUGGUUUCUUGAAAACUCGAAGCACAGAUCCCAUCUAGACCAAAUCCAUGCCCAGUUAUACCUAUCCGGUCUGCAAAACAAUGGGUUUAUACUCGCUAAAUUCAUUCAUGUUUGCUCGAAUCUUGGCCAAAUCGGGUAUGCCCGCCAGGUGUUCGAUGCAUUUCCUGACCCGUAUGUGUAUUUGUGGAAUGCCAUCAUCAAAGGGUAUGCAAGACACGAUCUUUUUAUCAACGCCAUUGACACUUACAGAACUAUGCAACUUGUGUUCGAAAGGCCCGACAGUUUUACGUUACCUUACGUUCUUAAGGCAUGUGGUGACUUGCUGGCUUUUAAGGUCGGUUGCGCUGUUCAUGGACAGGCUUUUAGACUAGGGUUCGAAUCUGAUUUAUUCGUGCAAAACAGUGUUGUCUCAUUUUACACGAAAUGUGGAAGGAUUGAUCUUGCUCGUAUUUCGUUCGACCGGAUGCGUGACAGGAAUAUUGUCUCGUGGACUUCGGUUAUUUCUGGGUGUUCUCAGAAUGGACAACCUGUUGAGGCUCUUAAGAUAUUCAGCGAAAUGAGAGGAUUGAAUGUGGUGCCUGACUGGGUGGUACUUGUUACUGUUCUGACAGCUUAUACUAAUAUAGGGGACUUGAAAAGCGGCGAGAGCCUUCAUUCUCUGGUGAUCAAAAUGGGUGUUGAGUUUGAGCAAGACUUGCAGGUUGCACUCACAAGUUUGUAUUCAAAAUGUGGACAAGUUAGGACUGCAAAACAUCUAUUUAACAAAGUAGAGGUUCGGGAUGUGAUUCUUUGGAAUGCCAUGAUAUCUGGUCUUGCAAAACAAGGUCAAGCCAGUGAUGCUGUUAACCUUUUCCAAGAGAUGAUAUCAAAGAAUAUCAAACCUGAUGUCGUAACUAUACAGUCUACGAUCAUGGCUUGUGCACAACUGAGAUUUCUUGGUCAUGCAAGAUGGAUCGGAGAUUAUGUUACCAACAGCAGCUACCAAGACGAUGUUGUUGUCAAUACAUCUCUUAUCGACAUGUAUUCCAAAUGCGGAUGUGUGAAUUCUGCCCGCAAAGUAUUUUAUAGGGCAAAAAAGAAAGAUGUGGUUUUAUGGAGUGCUAUGAUAAUGGCUUAUGGCUCGCAUGGUCGGGGGAGAGAAGCCAUUGACCUUUUCUAUGCAAUGAAACGGUCAAAGGUCUCUCCGAAUGACGUGACUUUCCUAGGGCUCCUUGUGGCUUGCAAUCAUUCAGGGCUCAUACAAGAGGGAUUAGAAUUCCUCAACUGCAUGAGGGAUCACGGAAUCAAACCGCACCACCAGCAUUACGCUUGUGUUGUUGAUCUGUUGGGUCGUGCCGGGUAUCUAGAGAAGGCACACGGCUUAAUCGAGACAAUGCCAGCUGAACCAUCUGUUUCAGUUUGGAAGGCACUACUGAGUGCAUGUAAGAUGCAUUGCCAUGUGAGAUUGGGUGAGAAUGCUGCACAGAGACUUUUUGCAUUGGAUCCACUUAACAGAGAUCACUAUGUGCAGUUGUCCAAUCUCUAUGCCUUGGCACACAUGUGGGAUAGAGUUGGAGAUGUAAGAAUGUUGAUGAAGGAGAAGGGAUUGAACAAUGAGAAGCAAGGGCGUAGUGUUAUUGAAAUAACUUGAGUGCCAAGGACAUAUUCUUACAUAAGUCAAAUGCUCCAUUUGUUGUGUGUAAUUUUGUUCUUGAUAGGACUUGGCUCUCUUUUUAAUAAGUUAAAAAUCGUGUGAUUGAAAUUUGUUUAGAAAAGAUAAAAUAAAAGUAAUUAUUGGGU